UUUGCCCCAAUCAAGGUCGGACAAUGGCUCCGUCAGGGAGAGUUUAGUUUUGUUUAUGCAGCGGUGUUCAUCCUGCAGAGCCGCUGGGGCUCAGAUUAACCGCUGGGGUUUUGUUUGGUGGAUGUGAAUGAAGGCUUGUCCGCGGGGAUGAGUGACCUGGGAUGAAAAGGUAAAUGCCGGAGAAUGAUGAACUCGGUUUGGGAUCUUGCUCUGGGAUCCAGUCCUGUCAGUAAUCCCGGAGCUGCAGCUUCCCGAGCUGUACAUGUCGAGCUCACAUCACAGCAGAGGCGUUUGCGGCACCUGAGGAGCAUCGCUGCGAGGAACAUUGUGAACAGAAACCACUCUCCGCUGCUGGACACGUACUUCACGCUGCACUUGUGUUCGGACGAUCGCAUCUCCAGAGAUUUUUACAAGAGCGAGGUGAUCCGAGACUCGCUGAACCCAACAUGGCGCAGUUUGGACUUUGCCAUGCUCCCGGACCUGUUGGACACAUCGGUGUCGUGUUUUGUGGUUCGGAUUUGGGGCGGACGAGAAGAACAGUACCAACUGCUGAUAGAGUGGAAGGUGAACUUGGAUGGCCUGAGAUACACCGGACAGCAGAUCCGCUCCCGGUGUCCGAAUGAGAUCAUAUUUGGGCUGAAUGACGGUUACUAUGCAGCAGAUUUGGAUCAGAAGGAGAACUCUGAGAGGAAGAAGAACUCCUUACUGCAGGUGGACCAGAGCUCUGUGAGGAACUCGUACAGCGUCUUCUCCCUGCUCAGACUCCACACGGCUCAGAAGGCGAUAAAGCAAACGCAGGUUACAGUUCAGAAAAUCGGGAAAGAGAUUGAGGAGAAACUCCGAACUACAGCAGCCUGUACAGAGCGGAAGAAGGAACGUGAGUGUAUGCAGUUGCGUAUUGGUGUGUUACGAAGCGAGGUGGAGAGACAGAAGAAAGCUCUGCUGAGAGAGAGGGAGAUGCUGCAGAAAGAGGGAGCACUGCUUCAGAAGAAAGAGGAAGUGUUCAGCUGUAAACACCAGACUCUGGACUUGGAGCGAGAAGCUCUCGCUGAUCUACAGAAGGAGAGCACUGCUAAAAGAGAGCUGUUUCUGAAGUCCAGCGCUCAGCUCACCUUCCGUUGUCGUCAGCUCCUCUCUGAACUCUCCUACAUCUACCCCAUCGACACGAACAGUCAGUCAGACUUUGUGAUCUGUGGUGUGAAACUGCCAAACUCUGAAGACUUUCAAGCAAAGGAUGAUGGGAGUGUGGCAGUUGCUCUUGGCUACACGGCACACCUGGUGCUGAUGAUUUCCUGCUUCCUGCAGAUUCCGCUCAGGUAUCCCAUCAUGCACCGGGGCUCUCGCUCGUCCGUCCGAGACACCAUCACCGACAAGCUCAGCGAGAAGGAGAGAGAGUUCCCUCUUUAUCCACGUGGGGAGAGAUUCCAUUUUGAGUAUGGUGUUUACCUGCUCAAUAAGAACAUCGCUCAGUUGCGGUAUCAGCACGGUCUCUCCACACCGGACCUGCGUCAGACUUUACCCAACCUCAAGAACUUUCUAGAACAUGGGCUGCUGGUCAGAUGAGUGUGGAGGUACGGAGUGUGUGGAAGAGUGAAGCUGGCACAGAAUCUCGCUGCUGGACCACAUUAACAGGAGAACCCAUGGAAAUGUUUAUCAGAGCGUCACACUGUGGAGCGGCGGAGCUUCAGAGAGCCAGUGUCCUCAUCUCACUGGACCUCCACCACAGCUACACCUUCUCUUUACUUUGUCACCAUCUAUUUCCAUAACCCCAUGUGACUCUCUCUAACAGGAUUACGGUUUGUUUUAGUUUUCUCCAGCGAGACUCCGUCGUUCCUCGUGUCUGGAAACCCGUUACAGCAAGUUCUCACAGUGAAGAUCCUUAUUCAUCACACACGGGUCUAAACGGCAGACGAGCGGUUCUGUGUCUGAAGCAGUUGUACAAGGUCAAAACCAGCAGAAAUGAUGAAUCAGCGUCAGCGGCGUGGAUACAAGCUCCGCCCACUAGCUCUAAUUUACCUCUCAUAUGCGUUUGAUUCAUACACACUGAUUAUACAUAAAACAAACCGGGGCAUGAUUCAUGCAAAUUAAAUGCAUAUGAGGGUCAAUUGGGGCGCGCUUUAUGCAGCUUAGAUGUAUAUGAGGGUUAAUGAGAUGUGAUGUAUGCAAAUUAUAUGGAUAUGAGAAUGAAUGGGGUGUGGUUUCGCAAAUAAGAUGUAAAUUAUGAUGCAAAUGAGGGUAAAUUGGGACAUACUUGACACAAAUUAGAUGUAUACGAGGCUAAAUGUGUGUGUUUCAUGCAAAUGAUAUGCAUAUGAGGGUGAACCGGGGUGUAUUUUAAGCAAAUAAUAUAUGAGUGAAACGCGUAAAUGGGUGUGCUUCGUUCAAAUUAGGUGCAUAUGAGGGUAAACUGGUGCAUGUUUCAUGCAAAUUAGAUGCAUUCGAGGGUGAAUUGGGGCAAGCUUCAGGCAAAUUAGAUGCAUAUGAGGGUAAAUGAGUGUGCUUCAUGCAAAUGAGAUGUAUAUGAGGGUGAACUGGGGUGCAUCUAAGCAAAUAAGAUGGAUAUUAGGUAAAUAGAUGUGCUUCAUGCAAAUUAGAUGCAUUUGAGGAUGAAUUGGGGCACACCUCAGGCAAAUUAGAUGCAUAUUAUGGUAAAUGGGUUUUCUUUGUUCCAAUUAGAUGUAUAUGAAGGUUAAUUGGGGCUUGCUUCAUGCAAAUGAGCUGUCUAUGAGGAUAAAUCGGGGCAUGCUGAUGUGAAGUUGUUCCUGACAACCGGUCACUGAUUGCUGAGGUUUGUCCACUUCUGUAGGGUUUAAAAUCUAUUCUUGGUGGUUUUUUUCCGGUAAUAAAACUCUUCUUCUGUC